AUGAACAACCUCCAAAUAAGCCCCUUCAUAAAGACCCUCCCCAAAGUCGAACUCCACAUCCACAUAGAAGGAACCCUAACACCAACCCUCCGCUGGACCCUAGCAGCCCGCAACAAAAUUCCCCUCCCCUACAAAACCCUCUCAGACCUGCAAGCCUCCUACGCAGUAACUCUAAACCACCGACCCGAGCUAAACGGUCGCCAACCGGGCAUCCCAACCUUCCUAGAAGCCUACUUCGCAGGCUGCGAAGUCCUCCGCACAGAAGCCGACUUCUACGAUCUAGCAAUGGCCUACCUAUCCCGCUGCGCAGAAAUGAAUGUCCGCUAUACAGAGCCGUUCUUCGAUAUCCAGGCGCAUACAAGGCGGGGUGUGUCUGCCAACGCUGUUUUGGAUGGUUAUUUACGUGCGCAACGGGAUGCUGUUACUAUGUACGGGGUGCGAUCACAGUGGAUAUUGUGUUUCCUGCGUGAUGAGUCUGUUGAGGAGGGUCUUGCUGCGUACCGGGAGGCGAGGCCUUGGGCUGGGGGGUCUGUUGAAGGCGGGAAGGGGUUAUUCCAUGCUGUGGGAUUAGCAAGUAAUGCGUAUGAGCGGCCACCGAUGCUUUUUGAGGUGGGAUUCCAGCUUGCACGGAAUGAUGCGUUGCAUGUAACGAUGCAUUGUGAUUUUGGGCAGAAGGAUACGCUUGAGCAUGUGCGUCAGGCUGUUUUUGAGGUUUGUGGGGGGUUGGGGGCUGAGCGCAUUGAUCAUGGGUUGGAUGCUUGGAGGGAGGAGGGAUUGUGGAGGGGGUUGGUUGAAAGGGGGAUUGGGUUGACUCUUUGCCCCCAUGCUUAUCAUCGGAGGACUGAGACCGAGGUUUUGUUUCCUAUGAUUAGGGGGUUGCUUGAGGCUGGGGUUAAGCUCUGUGUUAACAGUGAUGAUCCAACGCUGAUGCAUGAUGUUUGGAUUGAUGGGAAUUUGCAAAAGGUUUAUAGUUAUUGUGGAUUUGGGAAAAGGGAGAUGGUGCAGCUUGUUCGGAAUGCUGUUGAUAUGUCUUGGGCUGGGGAUGAUGUUAAGAAGGCCCUUUAUUUGGAGUUAGACGGUGUUGAUGUUUUGGAAUGA